GCGGGAGCGCGAGAUCAAGGCGCCUGGGCUCUGGUGUGCUCCGCCUGCUCUUCCGAGGGGUCCAUGCAUAGCGCGCCUUGCUCCCGGUUUCCAGUGCUGUCCCUUCGUGGCCAUGGGACGCCGGGCGCUCCUUCUGCUCCUGCCGCCUAUGCUGGCCUUCCUGGGCAGCCUGAGGGAGUCCGUGGCCGAUGAAAUCCAGUGUAACAUGACAAGGCAGGCUGCGUGUGGUGGAGUUCCCGUGUGUAUUCCUGUGGCCUGGCUCUGCAAUGGAGAACAGGAGUGCCCAGAUGGGGCAGAUGAGCAGUGUGAGGAACUAUGUCGUGGACACCCUCAGGCCUGGCAGUGUGAUGAUGGCAGAUGUAUUGCCAUUAGCUGGCUCUGUGAUGGUGUUGGUGACUGCUCAGAUGGCUCCGAUGAGGUUGACUGUGAAAGAUUGGCAGCAUGUCCAGACCGAAAAAUCCAGUGUCCAGGAGAUCCCCAGUGUCCCGAUGCUUGGGAACUCUGUGAUGGUGAUAAGGACUGUGAAGGUGGAUUCGGAGAAGCUCGCUGCCCCCAUAACCGUUGCCUGACUGGGCAGUGGCAGUGCCGGAACAAGGUGUGUGUCCCUGACAGCUGGAGGUGUGAUGGCAUCGACCACUGUGGGGACUCCUCCGACGAGGAGGUCUGUGCUUCCUGUCCAGAAGGCACGGUUAAAUGUGAUGAGGGGAAAUGCAUCCUGGAAUCCUUGAUGUGUGAUGGGGAAGCAGACUGUACAGAUGGUACGGAUGAACCCACCACAUGUGGUAAAAACUGCUCUCUGGCCAGUGGGGGCUGUGAAGGGCAGUGCAGGGACACAGACUGGGGUGUCCAGUGUUCAUGUGGAGCUGGAUGGCGACUAGAGCCGGAUGGUCAGAGCUGUGGAGAUGUGGAUGAGUGCUCCAUGGCAUACAGCCCCUGUGGCCAGCUCUGUCAUAACACUCCAGGCUCUUUCUCCUGUGGGUGUGUCCAAGGGUACCAGCUCCACAAUGGCACUGACUGCAGAGUUACAGAUGAUGCUGUUAAAAUUAUUAUUGCAGCAGAUCGAGAACUUGGUGUCCUGGAUCAAAGAACAGGCAUUUAUGAGACUCUAGUACCUGUAAAAUCUAGGCCUACUUCUGUCGCCUAUGAUCUUGAGAAAAACAUGUACUUCUGGGUGGAUGAAUUCUUAAAUGUGUUUGUUCUUGGAAAGCCGAACUCUGUUCCUCUCUAUCCAGAACUUAAAGCAGUGAACAGCAUCUCUUUGGACUGGUUCACGGGAGAGUUGUACUGGGCUAGCAGCUUUGCAAGGGUCAUCUGUGCUGGUUUAAGUGAUGGCAGAGGCUACGUCAAAAUCUUGGAAAAGGAUCUUGUGCCAGAGCAGCUAAUUGUGUUUCCUGCUAAGAAGUACUUGUACUGGGUAAACCAAGGUGGGAAAGGCAUGAAGACUAUUGAAACGGCAGGGAUGGAUGGCUCUGAUAGGAAGGUGUUGGCAGUGGUCGACAUGGAGGAUCCCACAGGACUGACACUAGACCAUGUGGCUGGCAGGCUCUACUGGAUCAGUGAAUAUAAAGAGUCCAUAGAGACGGUGAACGUGGAUGGCACUGGAAGGCACACCUUUCCUGAAGUCUUCUUGGAAGGUGAAGAUCCAGUGGGCCUGGCUGUGUUUGAGAAUUAUUUCUUCUGGGCAAAUAAGCAACAACUGUUUCGUGCGUCACCCCAUACCCCAAAGGAAAGGGUGGUACUGCUCAAGGCUUCUGUGUCUGCCUUCUCAGUGCUCCACAAAUCCCAGCAGCCUAAGAGUAGAUAUCCAGCAUGCAUUCCAGGUUCUUGUAGCCACUUAUGUCUCCUGUCCCCCGUCCAUCCCAAGGGCUAUAAGUGCGUUUGUCCAGAAGGGAUGUUUCUUUUACCUUCUGGGACAUGUAGUGAGUUAAAACUAGUGUUUUCCUCUGGCAAACGUCUCUACUUGUUGAAAGUUGGUUUCAUGGGAACUGCUAUAGAGAGAAGCCUAGUUCAGGAGCAUCCAAGGAGCAUCUGUUUACUGGAUAUUGACUGGAAAAGAAACCUCAUAUACUGGACAGAUGCCCAGGGACAUCUGUUCCACUCAACUGGCUAUUCAGGGGAAAAGCGAGCAAUUUGGACAGAGCAUACAGUCUGCUCAGCAAAUGUUGACAUUCCGACUGGGCACUUGUACUGGCUGCCCUGUGACAGAAGUGCUAUUCAGAAGACCAGAAUCACUAGCCCAGAUACUCAGACCCUGUACAGAACAGACAGCAUCAUACUGCAUCUCCUUCUCGAUUGGCCAAAGAGGCUGCUCUACUGGGUGGAAAGUGGGGAACACUUGCAGAGUAUGACCCUGGAUGGCAAAAGAAGACAGGAAGUGUGGAGAGGCACCUGGACGGCAGAGACCCACAUGACCUUGGACCUGGGAUCAUCUAGCAUCCUCUGGACCACCAAAGGGUUGGGGUUGCAAAGUCUGAGUCUCCUAAAAAAUAGAACAUAUACUUUGAACAAGACCCAGAGCGACGGGAUCAUCGCAGCCCACGAGCCCUACCUGGUGACUGUGAACAGAACGGCUAUUGUGUUGUGGAACAGGAGGGUGCUGGAGCCCUUCUCGGUGUCGAAAGAGCCACACAUACAGAAAAUGAUCAUCCUGGCAGAGAACCUGGAGGUUCCAGAUCCUGAGGCUGAAGAGGCAGCCACACUCGUCCCUCCUCCUCCUCCUCCACGCCCCCCGCUCCUCUGCACCCGAUCCUCUGUCCCCUGUCGGGACGGGCAGGAGUGCGUUUCCCGGGAGUACCUCUGUGAUGGCAAGCGGGACUGUGAGGACGGCUCGGAUGAAGAGAACUGUUCCUACUUCUGCAACAAACCAGGGAUCUUCCAGUGUCUGGAUGGAAACAAGUGCAUUGAGGUGAAAUACCACUGUGAUGGGACUCCACAGUGCUUGGACGGGUCCGACGAGUUGGAUUGCUGGAAGCCUGUUGAAGACUGUUCUCUGCAUUGUGACAACAGUUCCCGCUGUGUCCCCAAGAGCUGGCUGUGUGAUGGCAAGCCUGACUGUUCUGACAAAAAAGAUGAACAAGGAUGUAUUCAUGAAAAAUGCAGUGCAUCUGAAUUCAAAUGUGAAAACGGCCAAUGUGUAUCUUCUUCCCUGCGGUGUGAUGGGAACCGGGACUGCCUGGACUACUCGGAUGAAGAGGGCUGUCCUGCCAGGCCCUUGCCGUGUCCGUCAGGGGAGGUGCUGUGCCCAAGGAGUAGAGAGUGUGUGCUGGCAGAGUGGAUAUGUGACCAUGACUUAGACUGCAAAGACGGAAGCGAUGAGAAGGACUGUGACCCCGAGGAGCUUCACUGUGGCUGGAGGCAGUGGCCCUGUGCCAGCGGAGCCCAGUGUGUGCCUGAGCCCUGGCGCUGUGAUGGGCAGCGUGACUGCAGGGAUGGCAGUGAUGAGGCCGGAUGCCCCCCUGAGGCAUGCCAAGGCUUCGAGUUCCAGUGCCACUCCUCUGCCUGCCUGGCCCCCAGCCUGGUGUGUGAUGGGAAGGAGGACUGUGCUGACGGCUCCGAUGAAGGUGGACAGUGCUCAUCGGCGGUAUGCCGCCAGGGACAGUGUUUCCACACCUGCUACCCGUCCCCACGAGGACCUGCAUGUGCUUGUGAACAAGGCUUUGAGCUGAAAAAUGGUGGACAAAUCUGCGAGGAUGUGGACGAAUGCCAGAAGUUGGGGAGCCAGCCUUGCAGUCAGACCUGUAUCAAUACCAAAGGCUCCUACAGCUGCACCUGUCAUCCUGGCUACUUGCUGGAGCCUGAUGGCCAUACCUGUAAAGCAACAGGUACUGAACCAGUCCUGCUUGUGGCGAUUCAGUUUAAGCUACUCCUCUAUGGACUGAGGAGCUUGAAAGAAGAUAUUCUGGUAACUGCUGACAAGAACCUGAUUAUUUUCUCUAUCGACUAUGACUUGGUGGAUCAGAAAGUCUUCUGGACCGAUCUCGGUGCAGAAAGUAUUAAGUGGAUAAGCAUGGACACGAAGAGGAAGGGGACUGUGGUGAAAGGAAUAAAGUCAGACUGCAUAGCAGUUGACUGGAUUGGGAGAAAUCUCUACUGGACAGACAGGACAGCUGGUCAGAUUUUAGCAAUUCAGUUGACUGCCACUUGGAGAGGAAAACCUGAAUACACAAUCGUCCUGGGUGAUGACCUGAACCAACCACAGUCUUUGGCUUUAGAUCCCCUAAAUGGGUUAAUGUACUGGUCUGAAAUUGGAGGAGAACCUCAAAUAGAACAAGCUGGACUGGAUGGUAGCAGCAGAAAAAUACUCCUCAGUCAAGGUCUUGGCUGGCCAACUAGCAUAGCUCUUGACCAGUUGAGCUGGAAGAUAUUCUGGUCUGAUGACAAAUUUCACUGUAUUGGCUCUGCCAAUCUAGAUGGUACUGGGAUAAGCAUGUUGCAGCUCACACAAAUCAAGAACCCCUUUUCCAUCACUAUGUUUGAAGAUGAAGUCUUCUGGUCUGAAAUGAAGACGCGAACAGUACAGCGCAUGAGAAAGACCACAGGCAAGAACAGGGCUGUCCUCAUCAAGCGUUUGGAACAGCCAUACGGACUUAAGAUAAUACACGAAGUGCUGCAGCCCAGGUCUUCCAAUCCUUGUCUGGACACGGGAUGUUCUCACUUGUGCCUUCUGAGCCCGAGAUCCAAAGGAAGCUGUCGUUGCCCAGUUGGACUCCUGCUUGCAGACGAUGGCGUCAGCUGUGUUCCACUCAAGGAGUCUGCAUUCCUGUUCCUUGUGUUGCCCACAGGUAUCAUGCAGAUUUAUCUGAAAAAUCUAGAAGCUUCACAAGGACAAGCAACUUUACCAGAACAUAGGAUUCUUCCCUUUACCAGCGUGAACCAGCUUGCAUCAAUGGACUACCUCGUCCAGGAGAGGGCUCUGUACCUUUCAGAGUUGAAUAAGGGUGUUAUCUGGCUCCUGAGGCUCAGAGACUCUGGGAAGCUUUCUUGGAGGAAAAUCAUAUCCACAGAGGGGUCAGUGAUUGACCUUGCCGUGGACUGGUUGAGUGGAAACAUCUACUGGAUUGAUAGUAUGAAUCCUCACAUCAAUGUUGCUUCCUCCAAAGGCCAGCACACCACGGUCUUGCUCAGCCAGCGUCUUUACCGCCCAACCUCCACUGUGCUCCACCCGCCGACGGCAGUCAUGUGCUUUGUGGACCUGGGUUCCCUGGAUGACAGUAAGCGUGGAUCCAGCAUUGAAUGUGCCUCCAUGGAUGGCAGCAGGAGGAAGGUGCUAUGGCAGAAAUCCCAGGUCCCUGUGGGCCUGACCUUUUCAGAUGCAGGAACCCGAGUGUACUGGGCUGAUCCUGGGAGAGGACUCAUAGAAAGUAUUCAACGAGAUGGCUCUGGAUACAGAGUAGACCGCAGGGGCAUUCAGGGCCUUAACCUCUUCACUUAUGGCCAAGGCAUGAUGUUCUGGACAACAGUUGAUGAUGCUGAAACCAAUAAAGUUUGGUACAGCAAGGCAGAACUUUUAGAAAACAGGUGGUUCCAAGUAGACCAGAAGAUUGUGGAUUUAAAAGUUUACAGUAAAUUUAGUCAACAGGGCAGUAACAGUUGCUCAAAAGACAAUGGAGGAUGCAGCCAUAUCUGUUUACCAAACCCAGAAGGGCAGACUUGUAAAUGUUCCAGUGGGUACUACUUGGCUGACAUAAACAAAUGUGUUGAAGCUGUCCGAUGCCCUCCACGGGCACAAUCCUGUAAGGAUGGUCAGAAAUGCAUUUUCAUGGAGCAAGUUUGUGAUGGUCGUUUGGACUGUCUGGAUGGAUCUGAUGAGAUGGACUGUACCUAUCCAGAUAAAAGUCAUUCGAAACCAACACCUAAAACGUCAGAGGCUGGAAAAAGACUUUCACCAAAUGCUGCCCAACCUCUCCAGGGUACCAGGUCUAACAAGGCUAGAUCUCCAAGUCCAGAAGGGAAGAAUUAUCCUGUUGGACAAACAGUAAUGCCCCUGACUCCUGCUCUAAAGAGCAAGAUUCCAGAAACGAAGGAAGGCGUUCAGCCCAAGGACUCACGGAAGGCAAAAUAUAUACUCUGUAGCAGCGAUUUCUGUAAUGGGAGGGGAAUCUGUACAAUGGAAGGAGAUCUGAAAAAAUGCAGCUGUCUGAUGAAGUAUGGUGGAGAGUUCUGUGAAGAAGCGGCACAUGGACUGGCCCCUGGCUCUAUGGCCCUUAGCUUAACCGUAACCCUACUGGUGGUUCUGGCAGUUCUUGGAGCUUUUGUAUAUUUCAGAAGAGAACACAAAUUAAAACGAAACAGUGCAGCAUCAUUAAGAAAUCCAACCUGCCAUAAAGAAAAUGACCAAGAAGAGGAGAAUCUAAUGAACAGUGAGAUUUUUGUCAAUGAAGCAUAUGAUGAACAGGAAUUGUUAACCUCUUUACAAACUGACUAAUCAGAUAAAAAAGGAGCUGAAACAUCUCAAUAAAAAUUGUUUAUAUAUUUCACUGUGUACUUUUUUAAACUUCUGUAACAGUUUGUGGUCAAUGGUAACUUCAUAUUAAAAUAACUGCUUUUCAGGAGUUCCUAUUGUGGCUCAGCAAUAACAAACCUGACUAAUAUCCAUGAGGAUGCAUGUUUGAUCCCUGGCCCU